AAGCACUUCGUCCAGGGUAUUCAACGUAAAAUACGGUGAUCAUCCGCCAAGUUAAAAACAAAAUGAAAAACGGCACCAUGAAUAAACCAUCUGAAGUGGAAGUCAAGCCUUCUUUGGAACGUGAAUUUACCUCUAAGGAAAUAGACCAAGAGACCCAAACCAAGAUUAGUGUCUACGAUCAACUAAGGCCUAAAAACGAGGGCCCGUUCAUGUCAGCUGUGAGAGAAUUGGAAAAGAAGGCUGGCUUCGAGACUCCAAUAGUGUACUUCAACAUACUAGUGCUAGUAAUGUUUCAUGCCCUAAUACUAGUGUCAGCGUAUCUCAUAUUUAUCGACCGUCGAUAUUAUCCGAAACGGCAGACUUUUAUUUUUUUGUUCUCAUUAACGUUGCUGACUACCUUUGGGGUGACGGCCGGCGCUCACCGUCUCUGGAGCCACCGCGCGUACAAAGCGAAGAUUCCUUUACAAAUCAUGCUACUUAUAGGUUUCUUAACCGCUGGAAUGAACGACCUGUACAACUGGGUGCGCGACCACCGCGUGCACCACAAGUUCUCCGAGACGUCUGCCGACCCCCAUAACGCCACCCGAGGCUUCUUCUUCUCCCACGUCGGCUGGAUGAUGACGAAGCAGCACCCUGAUGUCCUCCGCGAAGCUGUUAAAGUCGACAUGAGUGACAUUGAAGGCAACCCCCUAAUCCGGUUUCAUGUAAGGCACUUCAAGAUACUGAAACUUUUGUUUGCCCUCGUCUUACCGGUCCUGAUCCCGGUUGUGUUUUGGGACGAACGCAUAUCCGUGGCGUUCCUUGCGCUGGUCCUUAAGCAUGCGUACAUCCUUCAUACCAUGUGGUCUGUCAACAGCUUUGCUCAUCUGUACGGCAAUCGGCCCUAUAACAGCAAAAUAAAUCCUCGCGAAAACUGGGUGUUAUCCGUAUUUUCCAUUGGCGAAGGCUGGCACAACUACCACCACACGUUCCCGUGGGACUACAAGGCGGCCGAGCUGGCCUUCCCUUUCAACGGAACCACGAACCUGCUGGAUUUGUUCGCCAAAAUUGGCUGGGCCUACGAUAGGAAGGUGGCGUCACCAGCCCUGAUAAAAAACGUUGCGGAGUCCAAAGGAGACUCGACUUACAAUGAGCUGUGAAGGAAUGAGGGAAGGUGAAGGAAGGAUCCUUGUCAACAGAUAAAUGUUAUUUAGUUUUAAUUAUUUAAAGUUAUCAAUAGUACAUACCUACAUAAUAAAGUCAUGUUUAUCUAUUUGCAAUCCGAACAAAAUCUGAUGACUUCUCAUCAAAUAUUUUUUAAUUAAUUUUAAUUAAAGAAUUAGAAAUAACUUUGUUGACACAGUAUUAUCAAUAUUUAACAGUUGCAGAACAAAGCCAAUGAUCUGUUUUCUUUGUUUAUAAAAAUGUAAUCAUUGUUUUAAUUUUAUUGUUUUAUGAAUGUUAUAUUGUUAUUGUUAUAUGAAUGUUAUAUUGUUAUUGUUAUAUGAAUGUUAUAGUGUUAUUGUUAAUAUUACGUUGUUAUUGUUAAAACUUGAUAAUGCAUCCAUCGUUUCUUACGCCGACGAUACGGCCCUCCUUUUCCAUGGACAAAACUGAGCUGAAGUAUACAAUAAAGCGGAAGUUGGUUUACAAGUUGUAAUAAAGUGGCUUAAAUAUAACUUAUUAACACUGAACACCGGAAAAACUAAUUACAUGACUUUCUCUAUUUUAAAUCGUUUCCAACCACCGACUGACCUUCAAUUAACAGCUCACGGAUGCAAUAACUACCCGGCUACUCCCUGCAACUGCACCGCCUUAACAAAAGUCUCAUCUGUUAAAUAUCUCGGCAUAUAUAUUGAUCAACAGCAUAACUGGCAUAAACAGAUUGAAAACUGUACAUCACGUGUGAGGAAACUGAUAUGGCUUUUUAAAUAUCUUAGGCAUGUCUCCGAUAGACAACUUUUGAUACAAAUCUAUGAAACCCUGGUGCAGUCUGUCAUCUCCUAUUGUCUACCCAUCUGGGGUAGAACUCAUAAAACCAAACUGAUACAACUUGAACGCGCCCAAAGAUGCAUUUUGAAAGUUUUUUUUUUUUCCGUAUAUAAUUAAAAGCAGUGCGUUAAUUUCUUAUGUUUUUCAUAGAGAUUUUUAUAAUAUUUUGUUUAUUACAUAUUGCUGAGCUUCGUGGAAUUGUUAAACGUAAAAUUAUUAGUUACCUACUCAUGUUACAAAUUUUAAACAUUGUGAAGAGCAGCCUUAUCCUAGGACAAGUUUUUUAAAACUUAAAUGGAUAAGGCUAAUUUUUAAUGACAAUGUAACAUGUGUUUCAUAAUAAAAUAUUUGUAUUUGUAUUUGUUAAUAUUACGUUGUUAUAUUGCUUUUGUUACCGUUUUUAUUGUUAAAUUGUCGUUGAUAAUGUUGUUAUUAUAGAUGGCGUUGGUUGGUUUUGGAAACAUGGUUAAUGCUAAUUUUCUUAUAAGCAUUCUUCUUCUAAAUAAAUAAAUGAAGAUUA